AAAACUAAACCUCUGCGUUGCAUUAUCCCCUUCAUCUCUCUCUCUCUCUCUCUCUCUCUCUCUCUCUCUCUCUCUCUCCAUGGAAAGCGUUGUUCAUAGCUUCGUAUCACCUCCUGACCACAGGCUACAAUCACAAAACUUCUCAGCGAUGAGAACUUCAUCGAUGUCACCAUCACCCACUGCACAUAGAAGCAUACCGUCCUUUCGUUGCCGCGCAGAGAAGCCCAUCGUAGCUGCUGCUUUCCCUUAUUCACAUUCAGUCUUCCCUUUGUCUACACCCCUCUCACUACCUUCUUCUUGUCAUUCUAAAGUUCAGUUUUAUUCGCAACACCAGAUGCAGGAGUGAGCAGUGAAACAGGUGUAUGGGCGAUGCAAGAUUUCUAUAGUUUGAGGAAGGAUGUGGAGGCAACCUCCAAACGUGUUGAAGAAAUUAGGGCUUCUGCUGGUUUAGAGCAACUAGGAGAAGAAGUUGCUAAAUUGGAAAAAGCAACAGGAAGUGAUUCUUUUUGGGAUGAUCGUAGCUCAGCUCAACAAACACUAAUGGCUCUCACGGAUAUCAAAGACAAGAUGAAUCUUCUCAAGGAGUUCCAAGACCAGAUUGAUGAUGCAGAAACUAUAGUUAACCUUACAGAAGAGAUGGAUUCAACUGAUACUGCACUUCUUGAAGAGGCUGCUACGAUCGUGAAAGAACUGAAUAAAGCGUUAGAUAAAUUUGAGCUGAGUCAGCUUCUUUCUGGGCCCUACGAUAAGGAAGGUGCUGUUAUCAAUAUAACAGCUGGUGCUGGUGGUACGGAUGCACAGGAUUGGGCGGAUAUGCUUCUGAGGAUGUAUGUAAGGUGGGGAGAGAGGCAACGAUACAAAACAAGAGUGGUUGAGAAGUCAAUGGGGGAAGAAGCCGGGAUCAAAUCAGCGACAAUAGAGGUGGAAGGUCGAUAUGCGUUUGGAUAUCUUUCAGGAGAAAAAGGAACACAUCGAAUUGUUAGACAGUCUCCUUUUAAUUCAAAAGGUCUUCGUCAGACAAGUUUUUCCGGUGUAGAAGUGAUGCCCCUUCUUCCCGAAGAUUCUUUAAACGUGGAGAUCCCGGAAGAAGAUCUGCAGAUUGGGUUUUCAAGAGCAGGGGGGAGUGGCGGUCAGAAUGUCAAUAAAGUUGAAACCGCGGUCAGGAUCACGCAUAUUCCCACGGGGGUAACCGUCCGCUGCACGGAGGAGAGGUCACAGCUUGCGAACAAGAUCAAAGCAUUGAGCCGUUUGAAGGCGAAGCUGCUGGUGAUUGCGGUGGAGCAACGGGCGAGUGAGAUAAAGCAGAUAAGGGGAGACGCGGUGAAGGCGGAUUGGGGGCAGCAGAUAAGGAACUAUGUGUUCCACCCGUACAAGCUGGUCAAAGAUGUGAGGACUGGGUAUGAGACCACUGAUAUUGUCUCUGUAAUGGAUGGUGAGCUGGAUCCUUUUAUUAAAGCCUAUCUUAGAUACAAAUACACCGAGUCCAUGUCCAAUUAAUUGAUUACCAAACCUUCUAUUAGGUUUUGUUCCCUUCUUCUUCUUUAUUAUGUAUAUGAGUAUAUGUUGUAUUUCUUCAGCGCCCAUGCUACUUCUACUUUAACUGUAAGGUACCGACAUUCAUUAACUCUUGUAACCAACUGAUUUUAGGAAGGAUGGCUUAUCAACAAAA